AUGACUAGCCAAACAACCACUGCAGUUUUUAGCAGUGACUUGCAAACAUUCAUAGUUACAAAAUAUGAUCCCUUGUUGAGCAUUGUAAAAGAAUUAAAUGAUAAAUUACAAAAUUCUGAAAAAGAUAAAUACCACUUAGAAAAGCGAAUAAUGAAAUUAGAAAAACAAAUGGUUCUUUUAUUAGAAAAACUAGAAGUUAGCGAUAUUUUAUUUGAUAAUGAAGAGAAAGAAAAAAAAGAGGAACAAAGAAAAAAUCAAAAGAUUGAAAGCGAAGAAAAUUUAUUAGCUCCUUGGUUAUUUUCCUGUCAAUUAGGAACACCAUUAUCAUCCUUGCAAGUUCUCUUAGAAUUUAAUGUAAAUAAUACUAUAGAAUUAAAUGUAAAAUUAUGGAAACGUGAAGAAGAUAUGUGGAUAAAUGUUCUAGAAGAUAUUUCAUCUAAUUAUAAUAAUUAUUUACCAGAUUCUUUAAGCCUUCUUGAUUUAAGAAAGGCUGCAAGAAAAUGUCUACUUAAUAUAUGUAUGAAUGAAAUAUUAAUAGUUUUAAGAAACGUACCAGGAAAAUCUCAAGCACUCUAUAAUACAACAACAAUGACAUUGGUAGCAAUUUUGGCAUCAGCUAUUUAUGAAGCUUGGAAAAGAAUAGAGUUAACGGACCCAGUUUCUUUGGGAAGGAUAGUUCUUGUAUUGGACGGAGAAGAUGUUGGAUCAAGGUUAAGAGCAGGAAAUAAAAAGUUAAAAAUAGAGCCCUUAAAUUAA